AUGCACACCCUCAAGGCCACAGCAUCAUCCUCGCUCAAUCUGGGGCCGGGAAAUUAUAUCUACUCGAUCACUCCCGCAUCGCCUGGCUCAUUGGCGGCUAUUGCAUCGGAUGACUCGUUGCGUGUUUUUGACGCCGCUGGGCUUGGCCGUGUAGCUGUGGUCGCAGCGAAAACCCAUGGGAACGGGGGCGUGACGGCUCUGAGGAGGUAUGGGUCUGGUCGGGAUCAGCAGCUGCUAGUUACUGGUGGUAGGGAUGGGAAGGUGAAGGUGUGGGAUUUGAGAGCGGGGAAGGGCUCGGCUGCUGUUGAGAUGGAGACCGACGGACUGGUGAAUAUCUACGACACUACCAUCACGGACGAGGACGAUGCCCUGGUGCAGGUCAUCAACCACGGCUCUGUCCACCAUGCCGGAUUCCUGGGCGAGCGUACCAUCUACGCUCUCAGCCAUGACGAGGACUUCUCCGUCCACCCGGCCACAGAUCCCGACGAGCAGGCCGAGGAACCUAAGCCCAUCCAGUUUGGUGAUCUAAGGCAACCUCUCAACUGCGAGUACAUCGCCCAGCUCUGCACCGGCAGCCAGUCAGCGUAUAUCGCUGCUGGACAUAAACUUGAUAAACGCCUGGACCUCGUUCCUCUCAUUCCCGAUCCGUGGCGAUUCGACCAGGCGAAUCUCUGGCGUCUUCCCGGCGCACACGGCGAGGAGGUUGUCCGUUCAAUCUACGUCGACGAGCAGGUGUGUCUCUUGUACUCGUGUUUCAAGAUUAACCCCGACUCACCAUUCUUGCAGGGUCAUUCCGUAUUCACCGGGGGAGAGGACGGGUUCGUCCGUGCCUGGAAGCCAGUGGACGAGGAUGAAACUCAGGGCGAAUAUUCUUCGGCCAAGCCUUCCCGGCCAAAGGAGAAGAAACGGGAGAAGGAGCGCUUUAAGCCAUAUUGA